CCCAGGACAAAAUAAUGUCCAAAUUGUCUGGGACAUCCAUAGAACUUCCAGUCUUUGACAUCUUUAAGCCCUUAAACCCAUCUUCCUUAUCCUCUCUUUCUCUAGCCUGCAAAGAAUGGGGUUUCUUUCACAUUACCAACCAUGGAGUCUCCAAAGAUCUUUACAACAAACUCUACUCUCUCUCAACCCAGCUCUUCAAACUUCCCUUAGAAUCAAAGCUCAAAGCAGGUCCAUCGUCAUCCAUCAAAACCUACACUCCUCGUUUCAUUGCCUCGCCUUUCUUCGAGAGCUUCCGAGUUUCAGGACCCGACUUCUUUUCUUCUGCUCAGAGUUCAGCACUACUUCUCCCUAACCAGCAGGAUUCAGAAUUCAGUGAAAUAUUGAAGGAAUAUGGAAGCAAAAUGACUGAACUUUCAAAAAGGAUUAUAGAAGUUGUGCUAAUGAGCAUGGGGGAAAAUUUUGAGAACAAGUUCUACGAUUCUGAAUUCAGAAACUGCCAUGGCUAUUUGAGAAUCAUCAACUACACCCCGCCAGCCAAUGUGGAAGAAGAGGAAGAAGUUGAAGGACUUGGAAUGCACACUGAUAUGAGCUGCAUAACCAUAGUUUGUCAAGAUCAAACAGGUGGGCUUCAAGUGAGAUCUAAGGAAGGUAAAUGGAUGGACAUAAAUCCAUGUGAAGGAACUCUUGUAGUAAACAUAGGGGAUUUGAUGCAAGCUUGGAGCAAUGGAAAGUUAAGGUCAUCCCAGCACCGAGUUGUCUUGAAACGAUUCGUUAAUCGGUUUUCGUUGGCUUUUUUUUGGUGUUUUGAUGAUAAGAAGCUGAUUUAUACUCCUAAAGAAAUUGUUGGUGAAGAGCAUUUGAGGGUUUAUAAGCCAUUUAUUUGUGCUGACUAUUUGAAAUUUAGAGAGAGCCGUGAGGAAGGGAAGUUUGAGAAAGUUGGUUUAACUGUAAAAGAUUUUGCUGGAACUGAAGGAUGAUGAUGAAGAUGAUAAUGAACAAGAUGAGAAGCGUUUGGCAGAUCCCAAUGAGGUAUUGGUUAAUUCUUAAUUAUUCCAUGCAUUUAUUUUCACAAAAAAUUAUUAAUUGAUUGUGUUUGUUAAGAUGUGAUUUGGGACCUUUUGGAUGAUUUUUAUUAAUAUGGAAAUAAGAGAGAUACUA